AAUAAAAACAAAUUCGAUUAGCUGGUUUUCAACAUGAAGUAUUAAAUAAUUGAAGAAGAGAAGGUUACAUGAAAGAAGAAGAUAAGAAAAUCAGUCCCUUUCAUUCACUCAUUUUUAUUUUAUCUUCUUCCACUUCAAAAAUCCACACUCAAUAACACAAUGGCUGCUUUGCCAUUCUCUACAGCUCAAUCAAACUCCAAAUUCAUUACAUUUUUCAAUUACAGAACCACACAUUCAAACCUUUUCUUUGUUACAAUCCCGCGUUACAGUCACUCGAGAAGUAGAACAAACCUGUCUGUAAACAACAUUGCCAGUUAUUCAAGGCAGGAAUUACAGGACACAUUCGUUCCGGACUCCGCCUCGAUUGCUUCGAGCAUCAAAUACCAUGCAGAAUACACUCCAUCUUCCUCUCCGCAACAUUUUGAGCUCCCUAAAGCAUAUGUGGCCACUGCAGAGAGUGUUCGAGAUUCGCUUAUUAUUAACUGGAAUGCUACGUACGCCUACUACUCCAAGAUGAAUGUUAAACAGGCAUAUUAUCUCUCAAUGGAAUUCCUACAGGGAAGAGCAUUGCUAAAUGCAAUUGGUAACUUGGAGCUCACAGGGGCAUAUGCAGAGGCCUUGAAAAUGCUUGGUCAUAAUUUAGAGGAUAUUGCUAGACAGGAGCCAGAUGCUGCACUUGGAAAUGGAGGCCUAGGGAGGCUAGCAUCCUGCUUUCUUGAUUCUUUGGCAACACUAAAUUACCCUGCAUGGGGUUAUGGACUUAGAUACAGAUAUGGUUUAUUCAAACAGCUUAUUACUAAAGAUGGUCAGGAGGAAGUUGCAGAAAGUUGGCUGGAGAUGGGUAAUCCUUGGGAAAUUGUAAGAAAUGAUGUGUCAUAUCCUGUGAAAUUCUAUGGGAAAGUUAUUCUAAAGCCAGAUGGAAGUAAAGAAUGGACUGGAGGAGAAAAUAUAACGGCGUUUGCGUAUGAUGUCCCAAUUCCAGGAUAUAAAACAAAGACUACAAUUAACCUUCGGUUAUGGUCCACCAGAGUUUCGCCUCAGGAAUUUGAUUUAAAUGCUUUGAAUGCUGGAGAUCAUGCCAAAGCAUAUGCUGCCCUAAAGAAUGCUGAGAAGAUUUGCUAUGUGUUAUACCCUGGAGAUGAAUCAGUAGAAGGCAAGACACUGAGGCUGAAGCAACAAUAUACUCUGUGCUCUGCAUCUCUACAGGAUAUAAUUACUCACUUCGAGAGAAGAUCUGGGGAACCUGUUAACUGGGAAAGUUUUCCUGAUAAAGUUGCAGUACAAAUGAAUGAUACACACCCAACUCUUUGCGUACCUGAACUGAUUAGAAUUUUGAUGGAUGUAAAGGGGUUGAGUUGGAAUGAAGCUUGGAAUAUUACUAGAAGAACUGUCGCUUACACGAACCACACUGUCCUACCUGAGGCUCUGGAAAAAUGGAGUUUGGACUUACUUCAGGAACUUCUUCCACGACAUAUAGAGAUCAUUAAGAAGAUAGAUGAGGAGCUGAUUCAUACCAUAAUUGCGGAGUAUGGCAUGGAGAAUCUUGACUUGUUGGAACAAAAGCUGAAGGAAAUGAGAAUUCUUGAUAAUAUUGAGUUGCCAGACUCGGUUGCUCAACUGCUAGUUAAAUCAGAUGAAAGUCCUGCUGUUGAAUCAGUAGUAGAAGAUGUUGAAUCUGAAGAUUCUGAUAAAGAAACUAAAUCAACUGCCGAAGAGGAAGAAGAGAAAAAUGAUGUGAAAUUUGAGGUAGAUCCAGCGCAGCCAAAGAUCAUCCGAAUGGCAAAUCUAUGUGUUGUUGGUGGACAUGCAGUAAAUGGUGUAGCUGAGAUUCAUAGUGAAAUAGUGAAAAAUGAAGUUUUCAAUGACUUUUAUAAGUUAUGGCCCGAGAAGUUUCAGAAUAAAACGAAUGGAGUAACACCGAGGAGAUGGAUUCGCUUUUGCAAUCCAGAUCUGAGUAACAUCCUAACCAAAUGGAUUGGAACAGAUGACUGGGUGCUAAACACUGAGAAACUCAAGACCCUAACAAAGUUUGCAGAUAAUGAAGGUCUCCAAACUGAAUGGAGGGAAGCAAAAAGAACGAACAAGAAGAAGGUUGCCGCUUUCCUCAAGGAAAAAACGGGGUACACUGUCAAUCCAGAUGCAAUGUUUGAUGUACAGAUUAAGCGCAUCCACGAAUACAAGAGGCAGUUGUUGAACAUACUGGGAAUUGUUUACAGAUACAAGAAGAUGAAAGAAAUGAGUAGUGAGGAAAGAAAAGAAAAAUUUGUUCCCAGAGUGUGUAUAUUUGGAGGCAAAGCAUUUGCAACAUAUGUUCAAGCCAAGAGGAUUGUGAAAUUUAUAACAGAUGUAGGAGCUACUGUUAACCAUGAUCCAGAGAUAGGUGAUCUUCUAAAGGUUGUGUUUGUUCCUGAUUACAAUGUCAGUGUUGCAGAAGUACUAAUUCCUGGAAGUGAGCUUUCGCAGCAUAUCAGUACUGCUGGAAUGGAGGCAAGUGGAACAAGCAACAUGAAGUUUGCAAUGAACGGUUGCCUAAUUAUUGGAACCUUAGAUGGUGCAAAUGUUGAAAUCAGAGAAGAGGUUGGAGAAGAUAACUUUUUUCUAUUUGGUGCCAAGGCUCAUGAAAUUGCUGGCCUUAGAAAGGAAAGAGCAGAGGGAAAGUUUGUGCCCGAUCCGCGAUUUGAAGAAGUGAAGGCAUUUGUUAAAAGUGGUGUUUUCGGUCCGUAUAAUUACGAAGAACUGAUGGGAUCUUUGGAAGGAAACGAAGGGUAUGGCAGGGCGGAUUAUUUCCUAGUUGGGAAAGACUUUCCUAGUUACUUAGAAUGCCAAGAGAUGGUUGAUGAGGCUUAUAAAGAUCAGAAAAGAUGGACAAGAAUGUCGAUCUUGAACACGGCCGGAUCGUUCAAGUUCAGCAGUGACAGAACAAUUCAUGAAUAUGCAAAAGACAUAUGGAAGAUUGAUCCUCUUAUUCUGCCUUGAAUUGGCCUGUGUAUGCGACAUGCAUGGAAGAGGUGCAAAUGCAACAUUAAAUUCCUAUAUAUUAGUUCAUGUGUAAAAUGUAAUAUUCAAAUACAUAUUUUUUUAUUACUUUUGAGCACAAUUAUUUUAAUAAAUUGUACUUUUAAGUAAAUUUAACCACAUUGUUAUUAGAUUUUCAAA